UCGGAGCUGAGGCGGCCGGUUGGCACGCAGGCGACGCCGGCUCUACCCUUGCCAGGCCUCCGCCUCCUCCUCCGCCUCGUCUGCCGCAGCCAUCAUGGCCGCCUCCCGGGACAAGUACUCGGUGCUGCUGCCCACCUAUAACGAGCGCGAGAACCUGCCGCUCAUUGUGUGGCUGCUGGUGAGGAGUUUCGAGCAGAGUGGAAAUGAUUUUGAAAUUAUAGUAAUAGAUGAUGGAAGUCCUGAUGGGACACAGGAAGUUGCUGAACAGUUGAUAAAGAUUUAUGGAUCUGAUAAGAUUCUUUUAAGACCCAGAGCAAAGAAACUUGGAUUGGGGACUGCUUACAUUCAUGGAAUGAAGCAUGCCACAGGAAACUUCAUUAUUAUUAUGGAUGCUGACCUCUCACACCAUCCAAAAUUCAUUCCAGAGUUCAUCAGAACACAGAAAGAAGGUAACUUUGACAUUGUGUCUGGAACGCGAUAUAAAGGAAAUGGAGGUGUGCAUGGGUGGGAUUUGAAACGAAAAUUGAUCAGCCGUGGCGCCAACUUCCUCACUCAAGUUCUACUGCGGCCAGGUGCAUCCGACUUAACAGGCAGCUUCAGGUUAUAUAGAAAAGAUGUUUUACAAAAACUGAUGGAGAAGUGUGUUUCGAAAGGAUAUGUUUUCCAGAUGGAAAUGAUUGUCCGAGCCAGACAACUGGGUUUUUCUGUUGGAGAGGUACCUAUAUCAUUUGUGGACAGAGUCUAUGGCGAAUCUAAAUUAGGAGGCAAUGAAAUAGUUUCUUUUGUAAAGGGACUGUUGACUUUGUUUGCAACUACAUAAUUUAUUAAAGAGAAUCUUCCUAGCAUUCCAUAUACCUUUUCAUUGGACUGAAGAAAUUAUUUUUAUAUGGCAUAGUGGAAUCUUGCUAAGUUUACUGGUGGCUAUAUAUAGAAAAUCAUUGCUAAUUUCUGAUUUGAAGAAAAAAUACAGUGCAUAUAAUCUGGGCAGCAUUGUUUAUUAAAUGUGACUAAUGAUCACUGUGUAAUGUUUACUAUUCAAAAAUAAACCCAUUCCAUUUAAAUUGUGUUUAAAUUUUGGGUAUGUGUGGGAUGAGUACCUCCUCUGAAUGGAGUAAGAGAUUUGCAUCCUUCUUUAACAUGAUAUUCGUUAUUUAAAGAUUCACAUGUCUGCAGGGGAAAAAAUGGGCCUAUGCAUGUUAGAUUUUAGGCACAUAGACCACGUUUGCAUGUUGCAUCCCAGGGAAGCUGAAUGUGGAUCAAGUGCAUUUGCUCCUCUCCAUCUGCAUAAGUCAGAGCAACAGAAAAUACCAUUCAAUCUGCCCUUCCAUGUAUUUUUUCCCCUGCAGACAUGCAUUUAAAUUAGGUGCAUUUGGACCAAGCAGGAUCACACCCCUACCACAUGAGCUGAUGUGGGGAGGGCAGGUCCUAUUUAGUGCUGGGUGUGGUUCUGCCUCUCAUGGACCCAAACCCAGUGCUAAGCAGCCUUGCUUCUUCGUCUCCCAUCAUAUGGCACAGAGGGGAAAAACAAAACUACAUUUUGCAAGCAACUGCAGCAAAGUGAAACAGUCACACUUGCAAACUGCAGCCUUGUUUCUCCUGUCCUUGUCAAUGGAUGGGAGGCAACAAACAACCACUUUGCCAGCACCGAACAUGGGGCUGACAACAUCCCUUGCAGUGUUGUUCCCAAGCGAAACCCCCCAUGCAAGUCCCCAGGCUGUGGGGGAUCCUUUCCAGGGUGGGAAAUCGGCCAGUUUCUCAGAGACAAGAACCACUUGCCCCUAAAACCUCCCUUUUGCCAGGAUUCAAGCCUCGUUUAUUUCCCUGCAUCCCCUGGUCCAGGGCCUGCACAGCCUCCUGUGAUUCAAAUGUUGUGGAGAAAUAGAGCUGUGUUUAUUUUAUCAGCAUACUGAUGGCACCUGACCACAAAUCUCUUAAUAACUAUUCUCAACAGCUUCAUAUGGAUGUUAAGCAGCAUAAAAUGCCCUAUGGCAUAACUGCUAGAGGCCCAAAAAACACACUCCCAGUGCUAAACUUUUGAUUUGGACCUUUAGGUAGGGCCUGAACCACAUUAUGUAAUACAUACUGUAAUUUCACUGCUUUGGAGAAUUACUAUCUCUCUAGGAAUUAUGGCUGGACUGUAGCUUCCUUGAGCAUUUUUAUGCAAAGGCAAGGCAGAAAUUUUUAACAAAUAAUGUUCGUUUGGGACUAGAUAGGCAAAAAACUUCAGAAGCACUUUGAUAUGGACACAUGUACAGUGUGGCCUGUUUUUCGUGGAUGCACCUGCAUAAGAUUUCUUGCGGCUAAAUACAACAGUGCAUACUUCUUUGAAUACAGCUAGUGCAGUAAUGUCUUCCUGGCUGUACACUUCUCCAUAUUUAGAUUACUGCUAACAUUAAUAGAAUCCUAAUGUGAACUGUUCAUGGAAAAACAAAACAAAAAGUACACUCUGAUCCCUGGCAGUAAUAUUUUGUGCAGUAUACCUCUGCACUUCAAGAGAGUUUGGUUAUUUGUAAUUCAUAGUAUACAUGAAAGGAAUAUGGAAAUGAAGCUUCAGAAUUCAGGCUGUAUAGAAUUGCAAAUUAUCUAUCCAUGAAUGGUUAGGUUCUCUUUUGGAAAAUAUAGCAGGCCCACAGGUACUCUGCUCCCAAAUUGUGAUUGUAUUGGGGGAGCAGGGAUAAAACUACAACCAGAUCUGUUAUGUUUGUGUAUAGUGGUGAAUGCAAGAGAUUAAGAAGCUUGCUGUGGUAAAGGUAAAGGACCCCUGACUCUGGGGUUGCGGUGCUCAUCUCACUUUACUGGCCGAGGGAGCCGACGUUUGUCCGCAGACAGUUUUUCCGCGUCAUGUGGCCAGCACGACUAAGCCGCUUCUGGCGAAACCAAAGCAGCGCACGGAAACGCCAUUUACCUUCCCACCGGAGCGGUAUCUAUUUAUCUACUUACACUUUGACGUGCUUUCGAACUGCUAGGUUGGCAGGAGCUGGGACUGAGGAACGGGAGCUCACCCCGUCGUGGGAAUUUGAACUACUGUAUGUAUUUCCUAGUGCAUCUGUUGUGCAUCUCCUAGUGCAGAAACUGUUUCAGUGUAUCUGACGAAGUGUGCAUGCACACGAAAGCUCAUACCAAAAUAAAAACUUAGUUGGUCUUUAAGGUGCUUCCGAAGGAAUUUUUUUCAUUUUUUAACUAUAAGCCUUAGAACCUCGUUCCCCCGGCCAUGUCUCAUUAUAAUGACAGUAUGUGAUCCAACUCCCUCGCCCUUAACAUAGAGCCCUGGCUAUAGUACUUCAUACAGUCAUACGUCGGGUUGAGUACGUUGCGGGUUGCAUACUUUCAGGUUGCGUACUUGGCGGACCUGGAAGUGUUUACUUCCAGGUUCUGCCCUGUGCGCAUGCGCAGAAGCGUUCUGCGUGCUUCGCGCAUGCGCAGAAGUGCUCUAUCAGCACUUCACGCAUGCGCUAAAGUGCCGCUCGGGUU